CAAAAACAUGGUAAACGUGAGCAAACUAGGCGAAACCAACUUCCCAGAGGAUUUGAAACCCCCAUUGGUUCCGUUACUCUAUAAAACAGUUUGCGUGGCCCCGAAGCACGAGACGGUUGAAAUCGCCGCGUUCCUUGCUCCAUCACUCUCUCUCCCGCCAACCUCUCUCUCUCUCUCAGAUCGCUCUGCUCUGCUCGUUCGAUCGAUCGAUCUUCUUCUCUCCCGCUUAUUCCCCGAAUCUCACACCAAAUCAUAAAAAAAACAGUCAAUUUCUCCACCAAUCUAUUCCGCCACAGGUAUAGAAGCCUUCGAAUUCAUUCCAUGUGAAUUCUUCAAACUUGUAAUUUACAGAAAUUUAUCCUCAAAUCUUUCGCUUCGCUUUUUCAAUUUAAGUAUUUUGGGCAUAACAUUGUUACAGUGUGCUAAUAGUCCAUUCGAGAUGCUUUGAUUUCGAUCUUUCGAUAUCGACCGGUUUGAAUAUUUCUUUCCAUUGGUGAAAGAAAGACGUCACCUUUUUGGUUUAGGGUUUCGACUAACGUGAAUGCGAAGAGGAUGUCUCGGGGUUUUGAUACAAUGCGGGGGACUCCACCUGGAAUCUCUUUAAUAAGAAGCAUUAGAGGCAGGGACUGGAGCUUAUCAAUGUACAGAUACAUGAUUUUGUUAAUCACCUUCAUAGCGUACGCUUGCUACCACGCUUCUAGAAAACCAAGUAGCAUAGUCAAGAGCGUUCUGGACCCGGACCCUAAAAAGUCCCAUCAUGUGGUACACCACCCUUGGCCAAUGGGUCAAGUCUUCGUCAAGAGAACGAUCGAUGGUUCAAGAGAGGAAGGGUGGGCCCCGUUCAACGGAACGGACGGGACCUCGAAGCUGGGAGAGAUCGACGUCGCGUUCCUCUCCUGUUAUUCCCUUGGAAUGUACCUUGCCGGGCACUUAGGGGACACGUUGGACCUCCGGUUGUUCUUGACGACCGGGAUGGUUGGGAGUGGAAUAUUCGUUGGGCUCUUCGGGAUGGGUUACUUUUGGAAGAUACAUGUGUUCUGGUUUUACUUGGCCAUGCAGAUGGUGGCCGGGUUGUUCCAGGCCACCGGUUGGCCUUCUGUUGUCGCUGUCAUAGGUAACUGGUUCGGCAAGAGGAAGAGGGGAUUGAUAAUGGGCGUUUGGAACGCUCAUACGUCCAUUGGAAACAUUAGCGGGUCGCUCCUCGCUGCUAGUGUGCUGGAUUAUGGAUGGGGAUGGUCUUUUAUACUUCCGGGCAGUUUUAUCUUUCUUGGAGGGAUAAUGGUGUACCUGUUCUUGGCUGCUUAUCCUGAGGAUGUCGGGUUUCUUAACCCACGCGAUGUUGGUGAUAAUGCGGGGACAAUGCACAACGAUGAAGAAGCUCAAGUACGGAAAGGAGACUUGGUGGAAGCUGAGAAGAGCACCAUCGUGCGGUUUGGAUCAGGGUAUAGGAAAGGUGUAGGGCUUCUUGAAGCUUUCCAAAUACCAGGAGUCAUACCAUUUGCAUUGUGCCUAUUCUUCUCAAAGCUCGUGGCAUACACGUUUUUGUAUUGGUUACCAUUUUAUCUUAGUCAGACAGCUAUUGGUGGAGAGUAUGUGUCAGUAAAAUCUGCAGGAAAUCUUUCUACUCUGUUUGAUGUGGGCGGUAUUGUUGGUGGAAUUUUGGCUGGCUACAUAUCUGAUAAACUUAAAGCUCGAGCCACUACUGCUGCCAGCUUCAUGUAUGCUGCAAUUCCUUCAAUAAUCCUGUAUCGUACAUAUGGGAACGUAUCACAGACCAUGAAUAUUGUACUUAUGAUGAUUGCUGGUUUGUUCGUUAACGGACCCUAUGCCCUUAUCACCACCGCAGUCUCUGCUGAUCUCGGUACACAUAGCUCUGUCAGAGGAGAUGCUCGAGCGCUGGCGACAGUCACUGCCAUAAUUGAUGGCACUGGAUCUGUUGGUGCAUCUCUGGGCCCACUUCUUACUGGUUUCCUUACUACCAAGGGAUGGGAUGCUGUUUUUGUUAUGCUGAUGAUUUGUGCUCUUAUUGCUGGUCUUCUGUUAACCCGUUUGGUGAUAACUGAACUUAUGGAGAGAAAUUGCAAUCGGAAAUCUACAGCCACUAGCCAGCACAAUCCUAGAGCUCCUGCAUCAGAACCCCUUCUAAGUGAUCAAAGGUGAUAUCAGGUAUGUCAUCAUAAAGCAUUGUCAUGAUGUUCAGAAAAUAAAGAACUUCUGACAAACAUGCUGCUGGUCAGAUUAUAAUCCAAAACCAAAUCCAAUCCUUCGUUAUUUGUGAAGAUUUAAAUGACCUCAACUGCUGUUUAUAGUUAAACUUUUGUUAUCCUUUUUUUCUGUAAUAGUUGUACACUUGAAAUAAAUUUUGUCAGAAAAUUUGGUUCCCUCCCAGCUUAAGUU